GCAAUGAUAUCAAGUGACAGGGACGCAACUUGACGAACGACAAGUCCUCCAAUCCCUCACUUAACUCCCAAUUAUUCUCCUCUUUCCUCUUCAACGCCAAUCCCAAAACCCCUCCCCCUCUCUCCCUCGGAUUUUUUCUCCGAUCUUCUUCGGCGAUCGUCUCUCUGAGGUAUUCAAGAGGAUUCAGUUGUUGGCAAUGGCGUCUACCUUCAGAGCAUUUUUGAACAGUCCUGUUGGUCCCAAGACAUCUCACUUCUGGGGACCUGUUGCCAACUGGGGUUUCGUUGUUGCUGGGUUAGUGGAUAUGAAAAAACCUCCAGAAAUGAUUUCUGGAAAUAUGACAGGAGCUAUGUGUGUGUAUUCAGCAUUGUUCAUGAGGUUUGCAUGGAUGGUACAGCCUCGUAACUAUCUACUUCUAGUAUGCCACGCUUCAAACGAGACUGUGCAGCUCUAUCAAUUCUCUCGUUGGGCAAGGGGUCAGGGGUACUUGUCACCGGAGAAAAAGGAGGAGGCUAAAUCUCAGUAACUUGAUGCAAGUGCUUUUACUGCCCCGUUUCCAGUUGUUUUUAUUGUGAUUUCUGCAGAAAAAUCAUGGAAUUUCUUAUUUACAAUCCGUUGGAUCAAAUUUCAUCUGAGCUCAACACGUAUAAUAAUGCAGCAUCUUGUUUCUCUUCA